AUGAUGGGCACCAACCUGGAAAUAUCUCCUGAGGAGCUCCGGGCCCUACAGGCCCGAUAUCAGCCCCCGGCUUUUACUUUUACGGUCAUCGAACCUUCUAAAUUGUGUGACACAACGGGGGCCUCUAGACCACACGACUCUAACAUCAGUAUUCUGGGCGAGGAAACAAGCACCCUCAACUUAUCGUCCGUUUACAAGAAACUCAACUUCGAUACUCCGUCUGUUAACAUCAGCCAAAGUAGUACAAAUAAACCUCAACCACCCGCCUGCUCCCCCGCAUUCGUCUCUGACUUGUACCGGUGUAGUGACCGCUUAACUGUCAAAAUUAGCGAUGCUGCCCCGGAAGUACGUUUGGAUGAGCUACUGACUUUAGGGCGGGAGUGUUAUGGUGUGCAGAAGCUGCUCUCGGUCUCGUCAACCGCCCACGUUUAUCUGCUAGGAAAGGUGGUCGAGGAGGACCACGGGGAAGGCGAGUGCGGCGACCCCCUUUAUGAUCCCGAGGAUGCUACACUAGCCAUGAAGGUGUCCGGUGCUGAAGGCCACUGGGAGUUCCAUAUUGUCCAGCGAAUUGCUCGCGCCCUCGCUUUACUAAAAGAACGAAGGGGAGGUUAUUUUGUAGACUACUCCCGCGGCUUUGUGUACAGAGACAAGACUUUUCUACUGAUGCGUUAUUACGACCAGGGGACUCUCAUGGAUGCGCUGGAAACCUACAAGCGCGAACAAAAGAAAAUGCAGGAAGAACUCGUGAUAUUUUACUGCAUAGAGUUACUGAAGGCUAUUGAACUCUUGCAUCGUUUCAACGUUGUGCACGGAAAUAUUGCUUUGGAAAACUUACUCAUUCGCGCUGACGGGAGAAGCCUCUCUGAAAGCUGGCAUCCGGACGGUUCUAGUGGCUGGGCGGCCCACGGGCUGACGCUGAUUGACUUCAGGAAAAGUCUAGAUAUGGACCAACCUGAUGGCAAGCAGGGUCUUUGUGGUACCGGGGAGCUUUCGUCGGGCCUUCGCGCUUGUCCUGAACUUAGAGACGGCCACUCUCCUUCUUUCCAGAUCGACACCUUUGAUGUGCUAUUUGUGGUAUUCUCUCUACUUUACGCGUCACCACUGAAUAUUGUAUUUGCUAAUGGAAAGUGGAGCCCAGCAUGUGCUUUCGAAUCUUGUGCCCACGCCGCCCUAUGGAAAGAAAUUUUUGAGCUUUUUUUGAAUACUACAAGCGCCAAAACGACUCCUUGCUUCCUUCAAUCCGCCCGCCUUCGCCUAGAAGUCUACCUGAAAGGCCAAAGUGCUAGCAGUAGGCUGGGCGCUUUUAUCAGGAGACAAAGUAUCAAUAUAUUCAACUUGCGGUACCUAAAAGAUCAAGAGCUCGAAGAUCUUUAGCCCUACAGCAACUACUUGACUCUUAUUACUUUUUUUACACGUUUUAAGGAAAAAAUCGCAG